CAGCUCAAGCGCGACCUGGCCUCCUACUACGGCUACAACGCCUUCAUGGUGGACGCACUGCUCUCCCUGUUCAGCGUGGGGGAGGCGCUGGAGCUGAUUGAGGCGCAGGAGGUGCCGCGCCCCGUGACGCUGCGCACCAACACGCUCAAGACGCGGCGGCGGGAGCUGGCGGGGGCGCUGAUCAACCGGGGCGUCAACCUGGACCCCAUCGGCAACUGGUCCAAGGUUGGCCUGGUGGUGUACGAGAGCCAGGUGCCGGUGGGCGCCACCCCGGAGUACAUGGCGGGGCACUACAUGCUGCAGGGCGCCUCGUCCUUCCUGCCGUGCAUGGCGCUGGCGCCGCAGGAGGGGGAGCAGGUGGUGGAUGUGGCGGCGGCGCCAGGCGGCAAGACCACCUACCUGGCCGCCCUGAUGCGCAACACGGGGGUGCUGUUUGCCAACGAGAUCAACAAGGAGCGGCUGACCAGCCUGACCGCCAACCUGCAGCGCAUGGGAGUCACAAACACGAUCGUGUGCAACUACGAUGGCCGCCAGCUGCCGCGCGUGCUGGGCGAGCGCAGCGUGGACCGCGUGCUGCUGGACGCGCCCUGCUCCGGCACGGGAGUCAUCUCCAAGGACCCAACAGUCAAGGUGGGCGGCAGCUUGGGGCUGCCCAGCGGCGCGGGCGUGGUGGUGGUCUACUCCACCUGCUCCAUGAUGGUGGAGGAGAACGAGAAUGUGGUGAACUAUGCGCUGAAGAGGAGGGACGUCAAGGUGGUGCCGUGCGGGCUGGAGUUUGGGCGCCCAGGCUUCAUCCGCUUCCGUGACUUCCGCUUCCACCCCUCCCUGGCUGAGGCGCGCCGCUUCUACCCGCACGCACACAACCUGGACGGAUUCUUUGUGUGCAAGCUGAAGAAGAUGAGCAACAAAGUGAAGGGCACGGAUGGGGAGGAGAGUGAGGAGGAGGAGAAGGAGGAGGAGGCGGCGGAGGCAGGCAAGCAGCAGGGCAAGCGGCAGCGGCAGCGCGGCAAGCAGCAGCCCGCUGCCGCGGCCGGCGGCGGCGAUAGCGGCAGCGAGGAGGAGGAGCAGCAGCAGCAGCAGCCUGCGGCACAUGGCAAGCCGGCCCCUAAGAAGGGGCAGCAGGCGCCGCCGGCGCCGCCGGCGCAGGCAGCGCAGGCACCCGCCGCACGCAAGGAGCGCGGUAUCGUGAAGCGGGCUCGGGAGGAGCUGAUGGCUGAGCAGGCAGCUAAGAAGGAGCAGCAGCA